AUAGACUCCGUGUUUUCAGAAGUGGAUUGUGUGUGUGUUUCUUUUCUUUUUUAUAAAUAAGAUAUUUGAAUAUUCUUCUUUCUUCAGAUAAUUCAUCAAAUAUAUUCCACUUGUUAGACAAGAAUUUAUGAAAUCUGUAGACGCACUUAUCUCUAACAACUCACUGUUAGACAAAAUGGCUGUUCGCCUUAAUCGUCUUCUACAUCAUGAGGAAUCCCAGUUUGAUAAAUCCCUUGAACUUUUCGAUACACUAUUUGAAAAUGCAGCAGGCUCUAUGUCCACUGAUCAAGAUAAGCAAGUAUUGGAACUUUUGAAACAUCAAAUGAAGAGUUUUAUUGGUAUUACUCUAGGUGUUCCACAAUUUGUUUCAAACGAGGAUGAAUGGUUAGCAUGUAAAGAUCGAUAUGAGCAACAGGGCAUUGAUAUCUAUGCACCUGAACGGCUUGAACAUGAAAGAAUACGUAGAGAGUUGGAAGAAGAAAGAUAUGAUGAGAAGGUUGGUAGUGGAGAAGAAGAAGAUGAUGAUGAUGAUAAUGAUGAUAAAAGCAAUGAAGAAGAAGAAGAUGAUAAUGAUGAUGAAAGCAAUGAAGAAGAGGAAGUUCAAGUUAAAUCUCGUGAAAUGAAUUCAAAUGGGUUUCAAACAGUUAGUCGUCAGAAAAAGAAAAAGAAGAAGACAACGACCACAACAUAUAAUGUCACUAAUAAUAGUUACACCAGUAACAGACCUUACCGUAGACAACAAGUAAUUAAAUGUGAGUUUUAUCCAGAAUAUAUGGCAUGUAAUGACUUGAAUGGUGAUAUUUUUUGUAUGCCUGUCUUUUUCCCUUCUGAAGAAAGUUAUAGGUUAUUUCAUUCGGCUUUAUCCACAGCUAAAGAGACAUUAUACGUUUGUGUAUUUUCUUUGACAGAUAAUGAUACAGCAGGUGUCUUGAUUGAUGCAAAAAAGCGUGGAGUAGAUGUCAGGAUUAUUACUGAUAAUGACCAAAUGGAUGCAUAUAAAGGGGCAGAUGUAAUUCGACUUUAUGAGCAACAUAGUAUUCCAUUUAAAAAAGAUGACGGCGAACAAUUUAUGCAUAAUAAAUUUGCUGUAAUUGACCAAAAAAUGGUUAUUACUGGAAGCUUUAACUGGUCUGCAGGUGCUCGUUACAAGAAUCGAGAAAAUAUUAUUAUUACCAAUAUUCCAUCUGUAGUUAAUGCUUAUGAUGAAGAAUUCAAUAAACUGUGGAGAUACUUUUAAAUCAAUUCCUUCCCUCCCUUUUUCUAUUAAUUCCUAUCCUCAGUGGCUUAUUGUUUAAAUAAAAAAAAAAAUACCAACUGCAUAUUUAACAUGUAGUUAUUUUAUAUUAUUUUUAUCAAAAAAAAAAAAAAAAAAAAAA